GGACUCGCCUUGUACUCUACCCGUUCCAUUUAUCGAUCCAAUCGGCAUCGAUAUGCGAUCGUGGAGGAGGAGGCACCGGGACGGGAUUGAAAGUCCGACAGACAGACAGACAGACAGGUUGUUGCUACACGCACGCAGCUCACCUCGCUUGCUUGUCGAGCCGCUUGGCUGCCGCCGGCUUCUGGUUUAAUUGCGCUUCUACGGUCUUACGGAAGGCACAAACAAACGAAGGAAAUUGGCAUUGGCACUGGCAUUGGCAUUGGUACAUCCGCACGCUCGGCAACAAGCGACGCGCCGCCUCGCCUCGCCUCGCUUCGCCCGCUUCCUGGACGAUGGACGGACGGAUGGUCAUUGAGAGUGAGCGUGAGCAUGAGCGCGGACGGGAGCGAGAGUGGCAGCGCAUCUGGCACGCACACGCACAUCGCUGGCACGCAGGCAUGCAGAUCCAUCUAUCCGCGCGCCAGCGCCAGCGCCCCAAACGCGCGUAUAAGGUAUAUACGCGCAAGCAAGCAAGCGAGCGUGUUCAUGGGCCGCGGGCGUCUCCCGUCUCAUCUCUUGUUUUCGGGAGCUGGGCUAGGCCGGGCCGCCGGGUCGUGGUCGAGGUCGGGGUUGGGGUGAGAAGGGAAGGAAGGACCAACCCUGCUUACCUACCUACCGUCGACGUCGACGUCGGAUUUGAUUUUUUGAUUUUUCUUCUUUUUUACUUCUGGAUUUUGACUGUUACGUUUGUGUGGUGGUUUGUUUUUUUGUGGCCGCUUGCUUGGCUGCUUGCUUUUUUUAUACCUUUUUCGUUUGUGUGCUUCUUCUUUUUGCUUUUUUUGCUUCGCUUUUUUUGCUUUUUGGGUUUUGUUGAGCUUGCUGCUCUGGUGCUGGUGCUGCGCUACUUGCCUGCGUACCUACCUACCUGUUAGGUGCGGUAUUGUGCGUUCUGCCGCCGCCGCCGCUGCCGUUUCUGGUUGAUGCUGGCUGGCUGCUGGCUGCUUGCUGCUGGCUGGGGUGGGCGGAGAGGUAGAAUUCUGGUUGGUUGUAUGUAUGCAUGCAUGGGAGGGAGGGAGGGGAGGGAAGGGAGAGCGAGGGCAAAGAAAGAGCUGUCUGUUAUUGCUGGAUAUACCAUGGAAGGGACCAAUGCUCUGACUCUGAUUGAUUGA